AUGUCCAAGGACGCAACAGCAACAGGAGGCGGCCGCGAACGUGGGGGAGGCAACGCUACGCAGGCGAGCAUGCUGUCAAACGAGGAAUUAGCAAACAUUGAAACUCUCACCAACGCCCAGCUACGAACGCGCGCGAAUCAACUACAACGCGAGAUUCAGCAGCUGAAGAAUGAAGAGCGUUCAAGGAUGAACGAGUUGCAGCGACUCAAGAAGGAGGUGGAGGAUGACAAGAAGCGUGUAAAGGACAACAACAAGCUGCCGUACCUAGUGGCCAGCGUGUCGGAGAUUUUGGACAUGGAUGAUGAGGAUGACGAGGUGGAGGAACUGGAUGUGGGAAGAAGGAAGUCUAAACGGAAACAGAAGAGUGCCAUUAUAAAGACUUCAAAUCGGCAUACGGUCUUUUUACCUGUUGUGGGGCUUGUGGAUGAAAACAAA